AAAUACAUAAUCCACAAUUUCAUUAAAUCACCCCCGCUUCCCUCAACUCAUUUCUCUGUAGGAAUGCUUUCAUGGCGGCUAUAGCAGCACAAGAUGCAAGCUUAGGCGACAAAGAAAACAACCACAACAAUAAUAACGGCGCUCUGGUAAAGCUCAACAAUGACGAAGACGAAAGAGGGGCUUUGAUCCGCCGCCCUCGCGGCCGUCCUGCGGGAUCAAAAAAUAAGCCGAAGCCGCCAAUAAUUAUAACACGUGACAGUGCAAAUGCUCUGCGCGCUCAUGCAAUGGAGAUCGCAAAUGGCUGCGAUGUGGGCGAAAGUAUUGCGACUUUUGCGCGGCGGCGGCAGCGCGGAGUUUGUGUUCUCAGCGGCACCGGGACGGUCACCAAUGUGACCCUGCGCCAACCGGCGGCGCCCGGCGCCAUUGUUACUCUUCAUGGAAGGUUCGAGAUCUUGUCGCUUACGGGAGCUUUUCUGCCGCCGCCGGCGCCACCAGGCGCUACUGGACUCACUAUUUAUCUCGCCGGCGGCCAGGGGCAGGUCGUCGGCGGGACUGUUGUCGGCGCGCUUAUUGCCUCUGGACCGGUGGUUAUCAUGGCGGCUUCUUUUCUUAAUGCGAGCUUUGAUCGAUUGCCUUUGGAGGAGGAAGAGGCGGCGCCGCUGUCUCAAGUGGCCGCGGGUUCGCAGGCGCAGCCUUUGCAGAUGCAGAGUGGGGCCCAUGGGGGGAGUCAUCAUACGCUCUCUGAGCAUUCGAAUAUGGCGGCGCUUUUUAAUGUUCCGCCUAAUUUGCUUGGGAAUGGGAAUGGAUUGCCGCCGCCUGAUGUUUAUGCUGGUUGGGCUCCUGGCCGCCCUCUUUAUUGAUUGAUGGGGCUCAUUUAUAGGUAACCUCUUUGUUUCGGCUGGAUUAUUUUUAGCACCUAUGUCGAUUGAAUUCUAACCCAGACGUAACAGCUGGAUUUCUUCGUGUU